UAAAUACUAAAUUUCUAAUUUCUGUGUGUGUCGUGCGAGGAACCGUGAUGUGGAAUGUGAAGUGUGGAUUUUCGAUGCGUAAUGAAUAAUGUGUAUAGAAUACAGAUAUAGUAAAAUUUACAGAAUACAGCACGUUUUAAGAUCGUUGAAUACAACCAAGAGUCAUACAAAAUUUACAGAUUACAGAUGUGCCAGGCUGAUUAUAAUUAAUAAGUUAUAGUUAAUUUGUAUUACUUGUUAGUUGUUACGUCAUAGUUCAUAAUUAUUCAUACAUCAUACUGUUCUGCAAUCUGUCAUUCUACAAAUCCCACACAUAGGUAUUACAUGUGUUUUGACCAAUUUAAAACGUAGGUUAGGCUAUAUGUACCUAGUACCCACCAAACAAAUUCAACGUUACAACCCAAAUCAUUUUUAUUUAAGUAAUUUAGUGGGUUUAAACUAAUAACAAUAUUACCGUCUACGACAAUUUGUAAGGGAGUUUGUUUAUUUAUAUGUACUCACAUCGCUCAGACAUCUACCUCAUAUAGUACUGCAGACCAAUACGUUGUAUAAUAAGUACUUCGUGGAGGAAUUCCAAACUUUUUUUUCUUAUAUUUUGAUUUAAGAAAAUAGUUCUGUGAUCUAAAUUUAUUUAGGUACAAUGGGUCCAUUGAGAUCCUUGGUUUACAUUUCUUCUGGAGGAUUUUUUUUAUGGGCAGGAACAAAUGUUAUUACACUAAAUGAAAAAUUUUAUAAGAAAUAUGUUAUUCCUGCAUUCUUUGCUUGUGAUCCAGAAACAGCUCAUGACCUUUUAACAUUUUCUGGAAAAUAUGGUCUUAUACCAAAAUCAUUUUAUAAAGAUCCACCGUUAUUGAAAACCAAGUUAUGGGAUUUGAAUUUCACCAACCCAAUAGGCCUUGCAGCUGGGUUGGAUAAACAAGGUGAAUUAACAAAAGCAUUAAAAAAUGUAGGGUUUGGUUUUGUAGAGGUUGGUUCAAUAACACCUUUACCUCAACCAGGCAAUGAAAAACCAAGAGUGUUUAGACUUAUAGAUAGUCAAGCUAUUAUUAAUAGAUAUGGAUUCAAUAGCGAUGGUCAUAGUGUUGUAUUUGAAAGGCUUAAUAAACUUAAGCAAAACCAAAACUUUGAUGGUAUUGUUGGUGUCAAUUUGGGAAAAAAUAAAGAGUCUGAAGAUGCAGCUGCUGACUAUGUGAAAGGUAUUGAAAAGUUUGCUCCAGUUGCUGAUUAUUUUGUUAUAAAUAUAUCCAGUCCUAAUACUCCGGGUCUAAGAAAUUUGCAAAAAAAAAAGGAUCUCAUGAGUCUACUUUCAAGCGUUAUAGAAGCGAGGAAUCAAGUGUGUGGAGAACGCAAAAUUCCAUUAUUAUUAAAAAUAGCUCCUGAUCUUACUGAUCAAGAUAAAAAAGAUAUUGCUGAUGUAAUUAAUGAUAAAAAGUGUAAAGUUGAUGGAUUAAUAAUCUCAAAUACAACUGUUAAACGAAUUGGUGUUUAUGACAAUCCCAAUGCACUAGAACCUGGUGGUCUCAGUGGGAAACCUUUACAAGAAGAAUCUACAAAACUCAUUUUGGAAUUUUAUAAAUUGACAAAAGGUAAAAUUCCUAUUAUUGGAGUUGGCGGAGUAUUUAAUGGUCAAGAUGCAUAUGCCAAAAUUAAAGCAGGCGCCUCACUUAUACAAAUUUAUACAUCUUUUAUAUAUAAUGGCCCAUCGGUUAUAGUUAAUAUAAAAAAGGAACUUGAAAGUCUUCUUAGGGAAGAUAAAUACAACUCAAUAUCUGAUGCAAUUGGUGCAGAUGCCAAACUGUAAAGUAUAAUAAUUUAUUUAAAAUUUUGGAAAUUAAGAAUAUAAUUUUUUUAAUCACUUACAUAUUUGAUUAUUAUUAUAUUAUAUACAUUAAAAAAAAUUUUUAUACAGGCAUUGAUGGUUAUAGUCAAUAAUAUUGUAUGAUUUUUAA